GGAAACAGCCCGGGCACCCGCUGGCCAGAGGCCCCCCAGGCCAUGUGAGAACUUUCAGUGAGGCCUGGUGACAGAGCAGCUGCCACCCUCUGGCCUUCCCCACCCGGCUUCACGAUGCUGAGCCUGAAGCUCCCCAGGCUGUUCCACAUAGACCAGAUGCCCCAGGUGUUCCAUGAACAGGGCAUCCUCUUUGGCUACCGACAUCCACAGAGUUCCGCCACUGCCUGUGUCCUCAGCCUUUUCCAAAUGACCAAUGAGACCCUCAACAUCUGGACUCACUUGCUGCCUUUCUGGUUCUUCAUGUGGAGGUUCGUGACAGCACUGUAUGUGAUAGACGUCCAGAAUGACAGCUACUCCUGGCCUCUGCUUGUGUACAUGAGCACCAGCUGCGUGUACCCCCUUGCGUCCAGCUGUGCACACACCUUCAGCUCCAUGUCCAAGAAUGCCCGGCACAUCUGCUACUUCCUGGACUAUGGCGCUGUCAACCUUUUCAGCCUGGGCUCAGCCAUUGCCUACUCUGCCUAUUCGUUCCCGGACACGCUGGUGUGCACCACCUUCCGUGACUACUACGUGACCCUGGCUGUGCUGAACACCAUCUUCAGCACCGGCCUCUCCUGCUACUCCAGGUUUCUGGAGCUCCAGACACCCAGGCUCUGUAAGAUGCUCCGUGUCCUCGCAUUUGCGUAUCCCUACACCUGGGACUCUCUCCCCAUCUUCUACAGGCUAUUCGUGUUCCCAGGGGAGAGUACUCAGAACGAAGCCACCUUGUACCACCAGAAGCACAUGGCCAUGACUCUCCUGGCCUCCUUCUUCUACUCUGCGCACCUGCCGGAGCGCCUGGCUCCUGGAUGCUUCGACUACAUCGGUCACAGUCACCAGCUGUUCCACGUGUGUGUGAUCCUGGCUACGCACAUGCAGAUGGAGGCCAUACUUCUGGACAAGACUCUGAGGAAGGAAUGGCUCCUGGCCAACUCCAGGGCCCUGUCUUUCCCUCAGAUAGCCGGCGCCAUACUUCUGUGCCUCAUCUUCAGCCUCAGCAACAUAAUUUAUUUCUCAGCUGCUCUGUAUCGGAUGCCCGAGCCAGAAUUACAUAAAAAAGAAACAUGAUCGGACCCUGAGCUUUUUGUGCCACAUGUCAACAUUGAGCUGCAGUAUCCUAACCACCAUAGGCCAGUGGCGUGGUACCGGUUUACAGUGGCCUGAAAUAUUCAUAAUGAUUGGCAUCUUGGCAUUUUUGAGUGGGCUCAUAUCAAUGAGGUAUUUAACUUGGGAAAUUUUUC